GUUGUAAACAAGCAUUUCUGUGUCAGCAACAAAAGAAAACUGCAAAGCAGAAACAGAGAAAAAAACAAUGUCUGCAAUUUUCAGGCAUCACAAAACAAAGCUCCACCACCAUUUCCCUUUCAAGGCUCCCUUCCACUCGUUCGGCUCUUCCAAGUAUCCUUCCAGCUCCUCUUCCAUCACAGCCCCUCUCAAGCUCCAUUUAUUCUCGACACUCAUUCGCCUGCAGUUCUAUCCUUCGGCCACGAGGGGAGCGCUAGGGAUAGGUUUUAGUCGGAGGUGCAAGUGGGAAGGGAGUUCCGAAAACUAUGACCAGUUAAAAGCGGAGGUUAACUGCCCGCGCUGCUCCAAGUCCAUGUCCCUUCUCUUCUCUAAUCGACCUUUAUCGAUCACCGCAGGCCAGACAGGAAUUUAUCAUGCCCUUAAUUUGUGCCAGCAUUGCCGUACUGCGUUCUAUUUCCGUCCUUCAAAGCUGGAACCCUUGCAGGGGAAUUUCCUUGAGAUUGGGCGGGUUAAGGACGAGGCCGGAGAGAAGGAAAAUAAUGGAAACACUGCUGCUGGUAUUGAGAGCGGCAAAUCUUCGGGUAAGAUUUGGGAAAAGUUGAGGACUUACAGUGAUAACAAUAGUCGUAGUAGUAGUAGUGAUGUUGGGGAAAGUAGUAGUAGUAGCAGUGGUUACUGGAGCAGCAGCAGCAGUGACACUGAGGUGGAGGAGAGUGUGGAAGGGUCUGCGGGUGAGUGGACAGAUUUAAAAUUGGCGAACAAGCUGCCUACCCCGAAAGAGAUAUGCAAAGGGCUUGAUGAGUUUGUAGUUGGGCAAGAUAGAGCAAAAAAAGGUUCUGUCUGUGGCAGUUUAUAACCACUACAAAAGAAUAUAUGAUGCCCCAUCAACCCGCAGGGUAGGUGAAGAAUUGGGUAAAUCUUUGAAUGAACAUGGAAGUUCUGAAACUGAUUUUGUUGAACUUGAGAAGAGCAACGUUCUAUUGAUAGGUCCAACUGGAUCGGGCAAGACAUUACUUGCAAAGACACUAGCUCGUCUCGUAAAUGUGCCUUUCGUCAUUGCGGAUGCAACAACACUAACACAGGCAGGUUAUGUUGGGGAGGAUGUAGAGUCAUUACUGUUCAAAUUGCUCAUGGCUGCUGACUUUGAUUUAGAAGCAGCUGAGCGUGGAAUAGUAUAUAUCGAUGAAGUUGAUAAGAUAACUAAAAAGGCUGAGAGCUUAAACAGUGGUAGAGAUGUGAGUGGAGAAGGUGUUCAACAAGGUCUGCUUAAAAUGCUGGAAGGAACGAUUGUAAAUGUGCCCGAUAAUAGAGCGCGGAAGCAUUCACGUGGUGACAUUAUUGAGAUAGACACAAAAAAUAUCCUUUUUAUUUGUGGUGGAGCCUUCAUUGGGCUGGAGAAGGCAAUUUCAGAGAGGCGACAAGACUCUUCAAUUGGGUUUGGAGCUCCAGUUCGUAAUCAGAUGGCCCCUGCUGCCCCUACAAAUGAUGUCGUUGGCUCAUCGCUGCUGGAAUCUGUAGAAAGUAAUGAUCUCACUGCAUAUGGACUCAUACCAGAAUUUGUUGGACGGUUCCCAAUUUUUGUUAGCUUAUCUGCUCUAGAUGAAAGUCAACUUGUCCAGGUUCUUACGGGGCCUAAAAAUGCUCUCUGCAAACAGUACAAGAGAAUGUUUGAGCUGAAUAAUGUCAAGCUUCAUUUUACUGAUAAUGCAUUGAAAAAGAUUGCAUCAAAAGCGAUAGUGAAAAACACCGGUGCACGUGGUUUAAGAUCCAUCUUAGAAAGUAUCCUGACCGAAGCUAUGUUUGAGGUUCCAGAUGCCAAACCAGGAAAUUGUGCUGAUAUGGUCUUGGUUGAUGAAGAGGCAGUUGGAUCGGCUGACACCCCUGUAGCUGGAGCCAAAAUUAUUCGUGGCAAUUCUGGAUUGGAGAGUUUUUCUUCAGCGAUGGAAUCAACUUAUAGAACAGAAAAGAGCGAACAACUAAAGGGAGGAGACAUGGUCCACAGGGAUGGUGGCUAUGAGGUUGCGUCAAGAGCUGCAAGCUUGUAACUUUUAUAUUUAUUUUGUUUUGUUUUAUUCUAUUUUAUUUGAUUUUGGGUAUAUAGAGUGAAGACAUGCAGAGAAAUAGAUACAUACUUAAGUAUUUGUGUUUACGGAGUAUUAUUUAGACUUGAAAUUAGAAGGGGAGGAGCCACCAAGAGGUCCUGUAAAUGGAAUCUACUACUUUCAGUUUCACCGGUGGGCGUAGCUCAACUGGUAGCGAGGGAGUGCCACAAGGGUUAGGUCUCGGGUUCGAAUCCCGGCAACUGCGAUGAGGGGUUACUAUGCUGAAAAAUGCAUAGGGCUUCUGCAAGUACCGGGGACAGAGCCCCACUCUCUAUCUGUCAGAUUGUGGUUAUAGUCCAAUUUACAUCCUCCCAUCGUGCCGUCCGGUCGGUGUUGGGGGGCCCUCAGGGAUGGGGUGUCAUCCUUUUUUUUUUACUACUUUCAGUUUCUUGAGCCACAUGUGCAUAACGUUGCGGUGAAAUCAAUUCCGGAAAUAGUAUCUCAAUUUUUCUUAUUUUUUGUAA